CAAAACUCUUUCUGGAUCCAGUGUGUUGAGACAUUUGAGACAUCUUGAAGCGUUUGCAAUUUUUUUAAAUAAGAGAUGAAUAAAAUUCGAACUUUUUUUGCAAAUAUAUAUAUAUUUUUUUUUAUACAGGCUAUUUCUAGAUGUGGCUUGGUGUUACGUAUUAUUUAUUAUUAUUUACGUAUUAUUUACGGGACGGAGUGAUCCGUCAGUCUUUUCAUGUCGGCCUUUUUUUAUUUCUUUGGCAUUUGCAUAAAGUCUCUUUGCUUAUAAUUACGCUUUUUAUUAUUAGAUACUUUAUAAUAUAAAUAUUAAAUAUUUAUUUGAUUUGGUUGUUUAACAUUAUAUUUUUU